AUGGCAUCUCCCCUCUCAGCUGCCACACUAUUCAAUGUACAAGGCAUGGUCGCCGUCAUCACAGGCGGUGGAUCCGGCAUCGGCCUCACAAUGACAAAGACCCUCGUCCUCAACGGCGCCCGCAGGGUCUACAUCAUUGGGCGGCGGGAGUCAAUUCUCCGCUCUGCCGCCGAAUCCAUCGACCCUAACGUCGUCAUCCCAAUACAAGGCGACGUAACGAAAAUCGAAGACUUGGAAGAAAUCAGUGCCACCAUAACCCAGCAAGAAGGCUCCAUUAACCUCCUCAUCGCCAACGCCGGCAUCAUGGGACCGCGACCCCUCAAGACAUUCUCCUCGGAAGCACUAUCAGAAAAGGAAAAAGCGCAACAAUACGCCUCCCACGCUCUAGCCACGCCAAUGGAAGACUUCACAAACACUUACCACGUCAACGGUUCAGCUGUCUAUUACACAGCCAUGGCAUUCCUCCCCCUCCUAGUCGCCGGCAACGAAAACACUGCUACUACAGGCUCCACCUCUCAAAUCAUCACUACCUCCAGCAUCGCCGGUUUCUCCCGCCUCCCCGGCGCGUCUUUUGCUUACAACAGCAGUAAGGCGGCUGUCACGCACAUGAGCAAAAUGCUUGCGUCGGCGCUGGUGGGGUUCAGGAUUCAAUUCCUCGCCUCCCCCUUCCACCGCAUGUUCUCGCUCGACAACCUCGCCAUAUCGUACCCCCACGCAACCACCGAACGCGUCUCCGUGCCCUGGCUCUUCAUUUACGCCGGCGCCGUCCCGCUCGGCAUACUAAUCGCCUGGGCCUUACUCGUCCGUCCAGGUGCCCACAAAGCCCACGUCACACUGCUCGGCUGGGGCAUCAGCAUGGUGCUCACAAUGUUCAUCACAGACGUGAUCAAGAACGCAGUUGGGCGCCCGCGACCCGACCUCAUCGCGCGGUGUAAACCCAAACCGGGGACGCCGGCACAUACGCUGGUGACGUGGGAGUCUGAUGGAUUUGAGCUCAUGUAUCCGGAUAAUGUUCUUUACCCUGCCAACCUCCUAAGACUCUUCGAAUCUAAACUUCACGUCUGCGAAAACAACUCAUCCACACUUAACAAGGUCAUCUACGAUCUCUACCUCCCCGGUCUACUAGUCUCCUAA